AUGAAAACGCUGUUGUUGCUGGGCGCUGUCGCCCUUCUGUCAAUUGGAAUCUUCGCCGAAGAGGAGAAGAAAACGGACAAAUACGGAACAAUUAUCGGUAUCGAUCUUGGAACGACUUACUCCUGUGUUGGAGUAUUCAAGAAUGGACGUGUCGAGAUUAUCGCCAAUGAUCAAGGUAACCGCAUCACUCCGUCCUAUGUUGCCUUCUCUGGGGAAUCAGGAGACCGUUUGAUUGGUGAUGCCGCCAAGAAUCAAUUGACCAUUAAUCCGGAAAACACUGUUUUUGAUGCCAAGCGUCUGAUCGGUCGCGACUACAAGGAGAAAUCCGUUCAAGACGACAUCAAACUUUGGCCAUUCAAGAUUGUUGACAAGUCCAACAAGCCAUAUGUGCAAGUCAAAGUCGGCAAAGAAAACAAGCAAUUCACACCAGAAGAAAUCUCGGCUAUGGUCUUGGUGAAGAUGAAGGAGAUCGCAGAAAGCUACUUGGGCAAAGAAGUGAAGAACGCCGUCGUCACUGUUCCUGCCUAUUUCAAUGAUGCGCAAAGACAAGCAACCAAGGAUGCUGGAGUAAUCGCUGGACUCAAUGUCGUCAGGAUCAUUAACGAGCCAACCGCUGCAGCUAUUGCCUAUGGAUUGGACAAGAAAGACGGUGAACGAAACAUUCUCGUCUUCGAUCUCGGUGGAGGUACCUUUGAUGUGUCGAUGCUCACCAUCGAUAAUGGAGUUUUUGAGGUGCUUGCAACAAACGGAGAUACUCACUUGGGUGGAGAAGAUUUUGAUCAACGCACCAUGGAAUACUUUAUCAAACUUUACAAGAAGAAGACCGGAAAGGAUAUCCGCAAAGACAACCGAGCCGUGCAAAAACUCCGUCGUGAGGUUGAGAAGGCCAAGCGAGCAUUGUCCACUCAGCAUCAAGUCAAGGUUGAAGUUGAAUCUCUCUUUGAUGGUGAAGACUUCUCGGAGACGCUCACACGUGCCAAAUUUGAAGAAUUGAACAUGGAUCUUUUCCGCGCCACAUUGAAGCCCGUGCAGAAGGUUCUAGAAGACUCGGACUUGAAGAAGGAAGACGUUCACGAGAUUGUUCUUGUUGGAGGAUCAACCCGAAUCCCGAAAGUUCAACAACUCAUCAAGGAAUUCUUCAAUGGAAAGGAACCAUCUCGAGGCAUCAACCCUGAUGAAGCCGUGGCAUACGGAGCUGCUGUGCAAGCUGGUGUCAUCUCUGGAGAGGAAAACACUGGAGACAUCGUUCUGCUUGAUGUCAAUCCUUUGACGAUGGGAAUUGAAACCGUUGGUGGAGUGAUGACAAAGCUGAUUGGACGAAACACCGUCAUCCCUACAAAGAAGAGCCAAGUCUUCUCAACUGCUGCUGACAACCAAAACGUCGUCACGAUUCAAGUCUUUGAAGGUGAGCGCCCAAUGACAAAGGAUAACCAUCAACUUGGCAAAUUCGACUUGUCUGGACUUCCGCCUGCACCAAGAGGGGUACCACAAAUCGAAGUCACCUUUGAAAUCGAUGUCAAUGGAAUUCUCCACGUUACGGCAGAAGACAAGGGAACUGGCAACAAGAAUAAAAUCACCAUCACCAACGAUGCCAACCGCCUCUCGCCUGAAGACAUUGAACGAAUGAUCAAUGAUGCCGAAAAGUUUGCCGAAGACGACAAGAAAGUCAAGGAACAGGUCGAGGCUCGAAAUGAAUUGGAGUCAUACGCCUAUAACUUGAAGAACCAAAUCGGUGACAAGGAAAAACUUGGAGGCAAAUUGGAAGGCGAUGACAAGGCGACCAUUGAAACAGCCGUCGAUGAAGCGAUCAGCUGGUUGGAUGAAAACAAGGGAGCCUCAGUUGAAGAGCUCAAGGAGAAGAAGACGGAACUCGAGGGCAAGGUUCAACCCAUCAUUGCAAAACUCUACAAAGAUGCCGGCGGUUCAACUGGUGACGAAGGUGAAGGAGCCGAAGGAGCUGAACCCGAGAAAGACGAGAAGGACGAGUUG